CUCCGUGAAGAGAGGAGGCUCAUGUAGAUUGCUGCGGGUUUUUUCGUGUUUGUUUUUGCUUGGUGUCGCAUUUGUACUGUGAAGUCUAGUGAAGUGUUGCUAAUCCCUUUUUUUUUGCUGGGUUAUAAAGUCGAGAAUUGUUCGUUGAUGUUGUUUUGAGUAGGCUGUGGCGAGGCCAGCAGAGGAAAUAGUCUAGUUUGUCGUGCCUCUGGUCUCUGAGAGGAAUCUUGUUAGACUGGAGAUGGAUGUCUCUGCUGGUGUUAGUGAUGCUGGUGAAGAUUUUGCCAACCAAUCAUUCUCCUUGGUGGAUUGUUUCGAUGACUUUGAUAGUCACCAUACAGGGUGGGACAUCCCCUUAAAUCCAGAUGAAAUUGUCAUGGGUGAAAGCUCAACUGCCUAUUUUCUUGCAGACCCUCAUCUGUGUUUUUUAAUCCUUGAACAGGAUCAACCUGAUGAGGUUGAUGCUGAUAGUGUAUUGGAAUUGGAAAAAUUCCUCUUCGGUCCAUCAGCUGAAGAAGAAAAUUUGAUUUUGGAUUUUAGUUUUGAAGUGGAGCCCCCACAUGGGCAGACUGUCCCUUCAUGUGGUGACGACUUAGUUUGUGAGAUUCAAGAUACUCGUGCUCAAGACUUAAUACUACUUGAAGAGGUAUGGGGUUUGGAUUUUGAAGGGGUUCUCCCACAUGAACCAAAAAUAUCUGAAAAUGAUGAAGGUUCAUCCCAAAUGGAUGCUUUUGCCCAAGCAAGAAAAUUGGUCAUACAGCCAGGCUUGUGUGACGAAGCUCUAGCUAUCGAAAGAGACAACCAACCCCAAAGCCCCACCGAAGACACAUCCUUGAUGGAUCACAAGCCUUUACCGGAGAUUCCUCGCAUCACCAACCUCAAGCUGGCCGGACAGGCCCUGGCCGACAUCCUGAUGGUCUACGAGUUCCUUCACACGUUCGGCGAAACGCUGGGCUUUGACAUGGAGAGUCUGCCGUCGCUGGACUGUCUCCAGAGAGCCCUGCUCUACGACAGCGAAGCCGAGGAGGAACUGCUUUUGGUCAUGACACACUUGCUGGUUUAUUGCGUUGAAGAUCCGGGCAUUCCGCACCUCAACAGUUACACGACCCUUUUGGGACAGAUGCUGAAGCAGACCGACAUUACGACGACCAACGUUAGCGAGAUAUUGCGCAUCUACUUGGAAGCCAACGGAUUGGGUGACGUGACAAUGCCGACCUCCGACCAGAUCACGUCCAGCCCUCUGAAGCUGGCCGCCGGUGAAUACCCCGACACGGAGGCCUUCCUCAUGUCCGAGUGGCUUAAACGCAAGCCUUUCCUCUCACUUAAUCCCACCCAAAAGGCGGCCAUUUUGGGAUUUAUGGUCAACGAAUUACUCCAGAACAAGGCCGUCAUUGGUCAAAUCGAAGGUGCCAUCGAGGGUCAGAGCACGGCCAGAAGAGAUCACUGGAUCGUGGACAUGAAAAUCGAGAAGCUCAAAACGCUUCAUUCUAAAAAGCAUCGCAUUCCGGAAGAGGCGGAUGCAGACAGUGGGGGUGAAGCCGACGACAAUGCAGAUCAAGGCGAUGAGGGUGAAGAUGAAAAUCUUCCUGUGGAGGAGUUGAAACGGAAGAUUGAACGUUUAGGCCGGCAAAGUGCCCAAAUGUUGACUCAGUUAGCCUUGUCCGAUUUGCAAUUGCGAGCGCUCAAUAUGGGCCAGGAUCGCUUCCGGCGACGUUUGUGGAUCUUGCCGCACGCUGGCGGCGUCUACCUCGAAGCUCUAGAGUCCGGAGAAGCCAACGCCGGGCUACUGGGCACCUGGGACGGCAAACCCGCCCCUCCCAUCGGCCCUCAGCGCAACGGCGACGAGCCCAUGCCGGAAUUCCCACCAGUCAAAAGCGAGCCGAUCUCUGAUGAGCCUAAACCGACUCUGCCUGUGCCAAAAAUUGAACCAGAAGAUAAAGAAACUCCUAGUCUUCAGGAACCAAUGAAAGUGGACCAACCGGCCGUCAAAACGGAAUUGGUUGAAGAAGCCGAUGUCAAGAGUGAAGAAAAUACGACCGCCGGAAUGAUACCAGCCACAGCCGAGGUCGUUCUGAAGAAGGAAGAAGGAACACAGGAAGCUCUUCCGGCUUUGUGGUUCAGCCUCUUUCCCCGCACUCCAUGCGAUCGCCAUUCAUCCGCCAACCAGGGCAAGGAUCGUUUCGGCUCGGACGCCGAAGACGAAGGUGAAGGUCGUGUCUCAAAGAAAGAAGAAGCGGAUAAGGAAGAAACUGAGGAAAUUAUCAUGGCACCCAUUCCGGAAGAAAUGACCCGCGGCUGGUGGCGGAUCGUCGAUCCGGAACAAGUCAAAACUUACGUCGAAUCGCUACAUCCUCGAGGCGUUCGCGAGAAGGAGCUCAGCUGGAUGUUGACACGAUUUAUGGACUUAGCUCGCGAAUCGUGUUUGAAGCAUACGGAAAAGGACCAUCACGGCCAUGGCAAUCCCAAAGAUUUGCUGCUGAAGGAACUGCGCAACGCCGACGAGGUCAAACUGGUGGGCGGAGCCGCUUUGCCGGAUGCGGAAGGUUCGUGGUCGAGAGAGACGUCUCUGCGGGGUGACAUUCUCCUGCUGGAACAGAUCGAAGCCCUGGAAGAUCGCGUGGCCUCUGCCAGCAUGCAAGUCAAAGAAUGGAAAUUGCCCGCCCGGGCCACUUCUGAGAUGAACUUGAAAAUCCGCACGCCCGGAGACACGUCGUCUGAUGAUGACGAUGACGAAGACGAAAGAGUUAACCCCAUACAGCUGGCCAAAGAAAGGCUGUUGAGCCUCGAAAUGGCCAUCGAACGUCGUUACCUGAAAGCUCCUCUCGGUCAGAGCAAAGGCGAUCUGGUUCAGAGCGUCCUGUCCGUCUCUUUCCCGUCCAGCGAGCCGCCCAAAGCCCUGCUGACAUGGCGAGAGGCCGUCAAACACUGCGAAACGGCCGCCCAGGUCUCCAUGUGCUUUUACUUUCUGGAAACCUCCGUGGCCUGGGACAAAUCGAUCAUGAAGGCCAGCUGCCAAUUCUGCCACAGUGGCGAUAAAGAGGACCAACUGUUGUUAUGCGACGGAUGUGACAAAGGCUACCAUACCUACUGCUUCCGGCCACCCAUGGAUAACAUCCCAGAUGGCCACUGGUUCUGUUACGAGUGUCGGAAUAAAACUACCAUAAAGAUGCUACCCUAAAGAUGCCACCCUAAAGAUGCCAAAGCCCACUAUUGUCUCUCCGUCUUCCCUUUAUACUUGAAAAACAAAUGUAGUUUGUAUUUAAAAAAUUUGCCCACCAAGUGAGCAUCACUUGCCAUAAUUUAUUUGUCCCAUGCAUUUAAAUUUUACAUUCGCAUCCUGACCAAACUCACACCCUUUCGGAAAAUACGGUUAUGCGUAUCUAUAUACGCAAUGCAAACACUAUUCGUUCUUCUUUAUUCGAUUUGCUUGUAUUUUUGUAUGUAUUUUCGUCUUGACAUCUUUCAUUCAAAAAUUUCUUUAAAAUGUUAACAGUUUCCGAAAUGUUCUCUUGUCUGAUAAAUAAUCAAAAUAUCUUUGUUUAACAUAUUUAUAUUUUUUAAAAUUCCGUGGCAGAGUGAUAGAGACUAUGGUAAAGUGACCGGCGACCCUGUAGGAAUUCUCCAUAAGGUUUCACGCCUGCUCCUGGCGGCGUAGGCGUGAAAAAUCGACAAAAAAAUUUUUUUGUUAUAGUAUUGUUAUAGUCCUAAUAAUUAAUAAUAUAAAAUUAAUUAAAAGUUGAAAAAAGUUCUGCGUUUGCAUGGUUUUGAACAGUGACAUGGAUAAACAUCUCAGAUCCGUC